AUGAAUUUAGGGUUUGUGAUUGGAGUUCUCGGUGUCCUAAUUCUCUCCCACGCCGCUUAUUCAACAAUUCAAUAUAGAGGAUUGUUGAAGAUCACUGAGGAAGAGUUUUCUGGACCACCGAUGAAUGUUGUUCUGGAGUUGAUCAUUGGAUUGGCUUUGUGUAUGUGGGCUGCUUUGACUUUCCCUGGGAAAUUUCUCUCGAUCCAUCCAGACUCUGAUGAAAACAGGGCGGUGUCUUUACCAGAUAACUCGGAUUUCAUGAUAUUCAAUCACCGUGGCCGGCUGUUCCCACCGGAGAUCGACAUGAAGUUUUGA